CCUUUCUUAACAACCUUAAAACGAAUUUAGGAUUUUUGAUCGAAAAAACAAAUGGAACAGAAAAACAAGAACUCGAAAAAACCCUCGUAUUCGAGAUUCUCACAACAAGAGCUUCCAGCUUGGAAACCAAUCUUAACCCCCGGAUGGGUGAUUGCAUCGUUUCUAACGAUUGGUGCACUUUUCAUCCCGAUUGGGCUUGUAGCGCUUUCCGCAUCAGAUACUGUUGUGGAGAUCAUUGAUCGUUAUGAUGAAGAUUGUGUCCCCGAUGCUUAUUCUAAGAACCCUGAAUCGUUUAUUCAAGAUCCUGAUAUCAAGAAAACGUGUGUAAGGUCUUUAAGAGUACCCAAGAAAAUGGUUGCCCCUAUCUUUGUCUAUUAUCAGCUCGAGAAUUUCUACCAAAAUCAUCGUCGAUUCGUAAAAAGUAGAAGCGACAAGCAACUACGUGACCCUGAGGCUAAAAACGAUACAUACAAUUGUUUCCCAGAAGCACGCACCGCCGAUAACAAACCAAUCGUCCCAUGUGGACUCAUUGCUUGGAGUUUAUUCAACGAUACUUACAAACUAUCAACACGAGGCAAACCGAUAACCAUCGACAAAAAGGGUAUCGCGUGGAAAAGCGACACGAAGGUCAAGUUCGGGUCAAACGUGUAUCCGAAAGAUUUCCAAAAGGGGGGCUUGAUUGGGGGUGCAAAGCUCGAUGAGAAAGUACCUUUGAGCGAGCAAGAAGAUCUUAUUGUUUGGAUGAGAACCGCGGCACUACCUAAUUUUCGAAAGCUAUACGGAAAAAUAGACAUCGAUUUGGAAGCACACGAGACGGUAAAGGCUGAAGUAGAGAAUAACUACAAUACAUAUAAAUUUGGCGGACGAAAGAAGCUCGUUCUUUCGACGACAACCUGGAUUGGCGGCAAAAACGAUUUUCUCGGGGUGGCAUAUAUCACGGUAGGUGGUUUAUGUUUAUUUAUGGCGAUAAAUUUCAUACUUCUGUAUGUUUUUCGUCCACGACGGCUCGGGGAUCCAUCAUAUUUGUCAUGGAAUAGACUUCCGAUCGCGUGAGAUCCCCAAGGCUUGCCCUUCGGUAGGUCGAUCAUGAAAACCCCGUAGAUUGACGAUAGAUUGUAUAAAUUACUGUAAACAAACUUAACUACUUGUACAUGUCCAACUAUUUUUCUCC